CACAUAUUAAGCUUGUCGUUUCUUUAGCUAAGUCAUGGAGUUCACAGGAAGCAGCUACAAAGGACCUACAAUAAAUGGCAGAAUGGAGGGUAGAGGAGAAUACACCUUCCCCACUGAGACCAAGUACGAAGGAGAGACCAAAGACGGCAUGUUCCAUGGCAAAGGCGUCCUUUACUUUCCCAAUGGAAGUAAAUAUGAAGCUACUUGGGUGAACGGCAAAUCUCAACAGGGGACGUUUAUCUUUGCUGAUGGUCUUCAGUACCAAGAGAAGGACUGGGACUACUGCGACGGUCACGACAGGCGAUUCUACACAGAGAGGUGCAGUGGACUCAGACCAGCAGGAGACUCCCAGCUGACCAAUCAACAUCCUCCACGCGAAAUUCCCAGUUCAUGUUACGACUGUGGAGAUGGUUUCUAUGAUCCCACCACCCGGGCUGUCACUUCAUACACAGGCAGUUUCCUCAGAAAUACAGACGACAUGGAACACGAGUGGAUUGUGCGCUGUUGUCAGAAAGGCCAAGACAAGAGUGUUCGCAGUAAAAUGGAAGAAGAUGCUGCAAAAUGACCUGAAGAGAAUGUUAAAUAUCACUGAAGUGUUUCUAUGAAUAUUACAGCAUGUUUGAGUUCUCUAUUUAAAUAAAAACUUCAACGCAAA